AUGUCAGCACUUCCACCUCUCACCAUCACCAAGUUAGACGGGAACUCGUUGAACUACCAAAUGUUCAAGUCGAAGUUUAUGACGCUGUACCACAAACGGUGCAGCGACAAUUUAAUUCGACUAGCGCAUCUGCAGGAGUUGCUUGCUACGCAUGUUCUUAACUUGGUAGCUGAUUGUGUGCACGACCCAAGCAAGUACGAAGUGGUCUGGCAUCGACUCGAUCAAGAAUAUGGCCGCACCACUAUCAUGGCUCAAACGCAUCUGAAUAAUCUCCUUCGACUUCCGUCUGUGCAGCCGAACGACAGCGCCAGUUUGAAGACAUUCUCCAACAAGCUUCACGGAGCAGUCUCCGCCCUGUCAAACAAAGGACUUGCGAGCGAGCUGGAAUCGCUGGGCAACCUCAUGCACGUCGUCACCAAACUGCCGAAGACCUUGAGGGAAAGAUGGGGAGGAAAGGUGAUGAAGAUGCAUCCCGCUGUACCUUCAAUUGUCGAUCUGGACGACUGGUUAACCCUCCAGUCGAAGGGUUCAGAUUUCGCAAAAUUAAUGGCGGGGCUGUCAACAUUUCCUAAAAUUCCACCAGUCGUGCCCAAGAAGAAUGGGAAAGGGUAUCCAACUCCUUAUGUUUCGACCAUCAAUCACGUCACCACCUCAAUGUCUGAAACAAACUUGCUGCAAACAAAAGGAGGAGGUUUGCGGGUGAAACCACCCAAUACAACCUCGUUUAGCCAAACAAGAGGCAGCCCAACAUGCUUUGUUUGCAAAGAGUCAAUCCACAGAAUUGGAGAGUGUAACACUUUCAAGUAG